AUGGAAGUGGUUUCUUCCAGUCACUCUUGCUUGGCAUUUCAUCAAACACCUACCAGUGCUCGGAGGUCUCUGGGCACUGGUCUUGGUCUGCGGCAUACCAAGUUUGCUCGGCCAAGAAAAAGCGCAGUUCUCUGUGUUGGGAGAGCUUCAAAUCCUGGUGAUUCAGGAAAGCUGCAUGUCAGCCGCAGCUUCGAUGUAAGCGAUGUCGAUGCUGCCCUCCAGGGCAUCUCCAAGAAGGUAGGCCAGAUCGAGAAAGUGUCCAUUCCUGGUCUGCCAGAAGGGCCAGACAGUUCUCAAAUCAGCACUGGUUUGUGGGAGUGGAAGCCGAAGCUGACGGUAUACUACGAGAAGUCUGGCACCAAGAAUAGCAAGGCGCCAGCAGUGCUUUUUCUACCAGGUUUUGGGGUGGGCACGUUCCAUUUUGAGAAGCAAUUGAUGGAUCUUGGCCGUGAUUACAAGGUGUGGACGAUGGAUUUUCUGGGACAGGGAAUGUCAUUGGCGUGUGAAGAUCCCGCUCCUAAGGCCAUGGCGGAGGAGGAUGAGGAAUCAUAUUGGGGUUUUGGACAAGAUUCACAACCAUGGGCAGAUGAAUUGGUGUACUCUGUAGACUUGUGGCGUGACCAGGUCCAGCACUUCAUUGAAGAGGUUAUCGGUGAGCCAGUUUAUAUCGUGGGAAACUCUCUUGGAGGUUUUGUUGCUCUAUAUUUAGCUGCAUCCAGCCCACACCUUGUAAAGGGGGUCACAUUGCUUAACGCAACGCCAUUUUGGGGUUUCCUUCCCAAUCCUGCAAGAUCUCCUCGUUUGUCAAAGAUUUUUCCAUGGGCUGGGACAUUUCCUCUUCCAUCAGUUGUGAGGAAACUUACUGAAACAGUGUGGCAGAAGAUAAGCGACCCAAGAAGUAUACAGAAGAUACUCAGGCAAGUAUAUGCUGACCACUCAACAAAUGUUGACAAGGUGUUCUCGCGUAUUAUAGAGACAACAGAACACCCGGCAGCUGCUGCAUCAUUUGCCUCCAUUAUGUUUGCUCCAAUGGGCCAGAUAUCCUUUCAGGAGGCACUGUCUAGGUGCCAAAGGCAGGACAUUCCCAUUUCCCUUAUGUAUGGGAAAGAAGACCCGUGGGUUACACCUUAUUGGGGUAUCAGAGUCAAGCAACAGGUGCCAGAAGCACCCUAUUAUGAAAUUAGCCCUGCCGGUCACUGUCCUCACGACGAGGUUCCUGAGGUAACUAUUGCACGCCGUGUGCAAAUUGUAGCCCCCCUUUGUAUUUAUACAAUAUACUCCCAUUGA